GCGCCCGCGCUCUCCAACAAAGCAUGAGUCAGAUUGUGCUUGCAACGUGACGAGGAAGCAUUCUCUCUCGCAGUAAAAAAAGUAUUAUAAAUAAUUGAAAAAUCAUGUGGUAGUGAUAAGGACUCGCUUAUAGUGCAAUUUGACCCAGUCAGUAUUUUUUUCAAGUCAAUCCGGGACAAAGUAUUUCUCGUGGCAGUAUUGUGUUUUUGGAGUCAAAGACCCCCCUUCGUAUGGCUUCACUGCGUUCCACGGAAUCACUUUUCUCCUAAACAAAGAGUAUUGACUAAUCAGUUGGAGUGGGAAGUUUCUUAGGAAUAGCCAGUGAUGCCACAAAUCUCCCACAAUAAGUGAUUGAGGAUGUCAGAAUCGGAAGCUCUACUGGGAGCUCAACAAAAUCCACAAAACGCCAGAGAGUAUGGGAGUGUGACAGCAGAAAAUUCAUCAGAUUCGGAAACACCGCAGGUAGAAGAGAUGAGAUCUACCUUGCCACUAAUCCAUAAAAUUGGCUUUGGCAUUGGACAUGUGUACAAUGACCUGGCCGCUGGAGUGUGGUUCAGCUACACCCUCCUCUUUAUGCACAGCGUUAUGAGUCUUCCCGGAACAGCUGCUGGAUCUCUUGUGAUGUGGGGACAAGUUGUAGAUGCCGUGGCAACUCCCAUUGUGGGUCAUCUCAGCGACAAAUACGGUUCCAAGAGGCAGUGGCACAUCUUUGGAACAGCUUUAGUGUUCUUUUCCUUCCCGGCAAUCUUUGCUAUUUGUCCAUUGUGCAGUAAUUCCCAACUUGUAUGGGAAUCUGUUUAUUUCGCCAUUGCGAUCCUCAUCUUCCAAGCAGCAUGGGCCAUUGUACAGAUCUCCCAUUUAGCCAUGAUUCCCGAAAUGUCCCGCACCCAGAAAGAUCGAUCGGAUCUCACAACUUUGCGGUACUCUGGAGCUAUCUUAUCGAAUCUCAUCGUAUACAAUAUUACUUGGGCAGUUUUGCAAGGCAGAAGUGCUCAGAGUACAACCAUUGGACCAUCCGAUGCCUUCAGAUUUAGGGAUUUAGCCCUAAUCAUCACACUAAUCGGGGUGUCGAUGUCAGUGUUGUUCCACUUCUCGCUGGCUCUGGCUAAUUAUGAAGAGAGACGUCAGCAUGGCGGUUCUGGACAGCGUCAGGCUGAGCAAAGAACUGCUACGGAGAGCGAUCGACUCCUAUCAUCAACUUCCAGUAAUGAUCAAGUAUCUGUGAUCAGCAGUAGAUUCCGGAGAGAUAUUCUGAAGAACCCACUGCUCUACCAGAAUGCCUUACUGUAUGUUUUCUCAAGACUGUUCAUGACCACAUCACUCAUCUACAUUCCUCUGUGGAUCGAUGAGAGAUCUGCGUCACCUCCAGUGGAUGGAGGAACUGCAUCACCUAACAAGUCUGUUGAUCAUAUCGCAAUUGUUCCGUUAGUUUCUUUUUUUGGAUCCUUCGUGGCGUCCCUUGUUCUCAAGAGUCUCAAUCGCUUCAUCAGCCAUCAAGCAGCGUAUCUCUUUGGCUCCCUUGUGGGCAUUGCCGGGUGUGUUCUGGUGGCCUUUGUCUCGCCCACAGAUGCUCUGGAAAUUCUUCUCACCGUUGCCAUUCUCUUCGGCACUGGAAGUUCAAUAACAAUGAUUAGUUCUUUGUGCAUAACGGCCGACAUGGUACCAAGCACCGAUCUGGGCGGAUUCAUCUAUUCAGCUGUAACAUUUGCCGAUAAGCUGAUCACAGGAAUCGCUGUUAUGGCCAUUGAAACCAUGAAAUGCAGCAAACGCAAGGACUGCCCGGAAUACUACAAACGUGUCUUAUCUUAUGCUUGCGGAGGAGCAGCUUGCCUGGGAAUUAUCACACUCAUCUCCCUCCAGAUCACAAGACUCUGCUGUCGUCGCUACAGAAGAAUAGAUGUAUCCACUUGAGUAUUACAGGAAGAAUAUAAAAUGGAAUUUAAUGAAUUCCAAGACGAAUUCCUAAAAAAAAACAUUCCACGUCUGCUAGUAUAUUUCUCUUAUGUGGAAUCGGUAUUUAUUUUAUGUAUUUGGAACACUGUUUUAUAACUUGUUUUUUUUUGCCGUAUUUUGUUUUAUGUACACAACCGUUGAUCAAUAAACGUGAUGAAUUAUUUA